UCUUUAGAAUAAAUUUACAAGGGUUUUGGUAUCAAACAGGACCCACUCAAUAUGCUUACACUAGGUCUAUACGAAAUAUACAAAACCCCAGCUGGCUAUAGGAUAAUGUUUAGCCUUUAAAUAUAUUUCGUAGUUAUUUCCAUCUUCCAGAGUAUAUUCUAUUUGUUGGAUAAGUGCCAUAGGCGGCAUUACAAUCCUUAGUUAUGGGAAAUAUUCCCUCCAUGAAUUGCAGGGUGAUAGUAUAAUAACGACACGAGUAAAUUGAGCUUGCUAACAAAUUGUAUUAUUUAUUCUUAGGAGAAUUGAUUCCCUUCUCGAAGAUUAUUUUCCAGCAUAACCAAUUUUAUUGUUUGUUAUUGGCAUAACCAAUUCUGUUGGUAGAAGAUUAUUUCUUUGUAAAAAUUAAGUGCUUUCAUAUUGUCCUCCAUGCCUCUCAAAAAUGAUUCAUCACCCUCAUUUAUAAGCUUUAACCUAGUUCAAGUUGAUGCACAAUUAAAGAAAGAGUUUACUAGAGCCUUUACCGUUCGCUUUUGUCAUUCAUCGUAUGUAAAUCACGAGUAGAGUUAAACCCACCAAUCAAUAGAUAAUUAUUUAUUUUGCACUCUUAUUUUACUUCCGAAGCUAUCGACCUAGUCAAACUAAUCGAAUCCAAACUGAAUGAUUCUAAACCAACUCUGUCAACCUUUUGUUACCCUUACCCUUACCCCUCACCCUUAUUUUCCACACCUACUAUUACAUUCUAAAAGUUUGAUAAUACUAACUUUCCAUUGAUGUUAGAAGAUUAAACUAAUUAAGCAAUAACAUUUUUUUGAGGUAAACAAUAGUAUUUAAGAUGAAUAUUUAAUAUCAAUCUUCCCUAUCCCAUUCCAUGAUCAAUUGACAUAGGCUUAGAUCAGAGACAGUAGAAUAUGGCUGGUCCUGGCAAAUGCUUCCUGGUGACUGGUCCUCCUGGUGUGGGAAAAAGCACCUUGAUCAUGAGAGUGUUCGAGACCCUCAAAUCCUCCAACCCCAACCUCAAGGUUCAAGGCUUCUACACUCGUGAAGUUAGAAGCGCAGGUGAGAGGGUUGGUUUUGAAGUGGUCACUCUAGAUGGUCGUACUUGCCCACUUGCCUCCACCAUCAUUUCAAGCCCUGAGUCUAUGAGAUGGCCUAGUGUUGGGAAGUAUAAAGUUGAUGUAGCAUCGUUCGAGUCACUAGCAUUGCCGGAGUUGCAGGUUAGAGAAGACACCGAUCUUUUCAUCAUUGAUGAGGUUGGUAAGAUGGAGUUAUACAGUUCGUCAUUCUUCCCUGCAGUUCUAAGAGUAUUGGAGUCAAAUAUCCCCAUUUUGGCUUCAAUUCCAGUUCUGAAAUUUGGCAGAGACAUACCUGCAGUUGCAAGGUUGCGGAAUCAUGCUGGGGCAACUUGUUUUACAUUGAGCGUUAGCAACAGAGAUGCUGUUAGAGAACAGAUAUGCUCACUCCUGGAAGAUCUGUUGUUAAAAUGCUAGUCAUUGCAAAUGUUGUCUGAACUCAUGCUGUGCGAAACUUUCUUUAGUUCUGAAUGAGUUAUGAUAGUCUUAUGUUUUAUUUAGUGAAAAGGAAGAGCAAAUGUCAAUGUACUGCUUAAACUUGUUGUUCACUGAAAUGAUAAUUGCUUUACGUUCUUUACUA